AUGGCUUUAGAGAUGCAAAAGGCGGGGAGAGACUAUUACUUGAGCGACGAGGAGAUUGCAGACAACUUGAUGGGUUUUUUAAAUGCAGGUUAUGGUACUACUGCCUCCGCUUUCGCCACGAUCCUUAAGCUCCUCUCUCUCUCUCUACACGUGUUGCAACGCCUUCGUAAAGAUUGUGAAAAGCUCAGAGAUAGUAAGAAAUUGGGAGACCCUCUUACUUGGAAUGAUAUUAAAGGUGUGGAAUAUUUGAGAAAUGUAAUAGCAGAAGGAAUGCGCGUUGAGCCCUCUGUAAUUGGAGGAUUCAAGCAAACAAAAAUAGAUGUCGUAUAUGGUGGAUAUAACAUUCCAAAGGGGUGGAAGGUUCAUUAUUCUGUCAGACAAACAAGCAGCAAGGAGGAAUACUUUGACAAUCCAAAAAAGUUUAAUCCAGAUCGCUUUAGCGAGCGACAUGAGCCGUUUUCCAACAUCCCUUUUGGACAGGGAAAUAGAAUAUGCCCAGGAAAUGAGUUUGCAAAGAUAGAAAUGGAAUUAUUUCUGUAUCAUUUAGUGUUGAGAUAUGAUUGGGAUUUGAUAGAAAAUGAUGAACCCAUUAUCAUCUCCUUCAAUCCUCAACCCAAACAUGGUUUGCCUUUGAGGCUUAAAACAAUAGUCUAA